UCUCUCUCUCUCUCUCCACUUUUCUUCUAGACACUUCUAAUCCAACAUCCUUCCGACGGUUGACCGGAAUAUACACUCCGUCGCCGUCGCAAACGAUAAAACCGCCCAUUGCUUCAAGCACCCAAAAGUAGAGAGAGAGAGAGAGAGAAUGACCUCCUCCUCCUCCUUGUUCGCUUCUCUCUCCUCCCUCGCACCCCAUCUCUUCUCUCUCCUCGCCCUCCUCGUCCUCCUCGAGCAGGUCUCUUACCUCCUCAAGAAGCGCUCCCUCCCCGGCCCGCCCCUCGUCCUCCCCUUCCUCGGCAACGCCGUCCGGCUGGUCGCCGACCCGACCGGCUUCUGGGACUGCCAGUCCCGCCUCGCCGCCUCGUCCCCGCUCGGCCUCUCCGCCAACUACGUCGUCGGCCGCUUCAUCCUCUUCGUCCGCGACUCCGAGCUGUCGCACCGGGUGUUCGCCAACGUCCGGCCCGACGCCUUCCACCUCGUCGGCCACCCCUUCGGCAAGAAGCUCUUUGGCGAGCACAACCUGAUUUACAUGAUGGGCCAGGAUCACAAGGACCUCCGCCGCCGCAUCGCCCCCAACUUCACCCCCAAGGCCCUCUUCACCUACACCUCCCUCCAGCAGAUCAUAAUUCUCAAGCAUCUCAAGAGAUGGGUCGAUCUUUCUUCGCCACCGGCGGCGGCGGAGGCGGGUGAGCCGCGAAAGCCCAUCGUGCUCCGGCUACACGCCCGUGACAUGAACCUUGAGACCUCCCAGACUGUCUUUGCAGGGCCGUACUUGAGCCGAGAAGCUCGCGAGAGGUUCAAUGUGGACUACAACCUGUUCAACGUGGGGCUGAUGACGCUGCCCUUCGACUUGCCCGGGUUCGCCUUCCGGGAGGCGAGGCUCGCCGUCGACCGGCUCGUGGAGACACUGGCGGAGUGCGCAGGGAAGAGCAAGGAGAGGAUGGAGAGAGGGGAGGAGCCGUGCUGCCUCAUCGACUUCUGGAUGCUGGAGACAGCGAGGGAGGUCGGCGCCGCAAGGGAGGCGGGGGAGGAGUUGCCGCCGCACUCGGGGGACAGGGAAAUCGGCGGCCACCUCUUCGACUUCUUGUUCGCGGCUCAGGACGCGUCCACUUCGUCGCUGCUGUGGGCCGUCACACUCCUUGACUCGCAUCCGCAGGUUCUUGCGAAGGUGCGUGAAGAGGUUGCCGGAAUCUGGUUGCCGGAUUCGGACCCAUUGAUCGCCAGCGACCAGCUGAGGGAGAUGAGGUACACGGAGGCGGUGGCGCGUGAGGUCCUACGGUACCGGGCCCCGGCAACAAUGGUCCCCCACAUCGCCAGCGAGGAGUUCGCGUUGACCGACACCUACAUGGUCCCGAAGGGCACCAUCGUCUUUCCCUCGGUGUUCGAAUCCUCUUUUCAGGGGUUCACCGAACCGGACCGAUUCGACCCGGACCGGUUCUCGGAGGAGCGGCGGGAGGACCAGGUCUACAAGAGGAACUUCUUGGCCUUCGGGGCCGGGGCCCACCAGUGCGUGGGCCAGAGGUACGCUCUGAACCACCUGAUGCUCUUCAUCGCAAUGUUCGCGACGCUGGUCGACUUCCAGCGGGACCGGACGGACGGCUGCGACGAGAUCACGUAUGUCCCGACCAUCUGCCCCAAGGACGGUUGCAGGGUCUCCCUGUCCGUGCGAUGCGCUCAGUUCCCCCGGCUCUCCCUGCGUUGACCCGAGCAAAAGGUCGAAAAUGCCCCUCCGCGCCGAAUUG